GUUUAAAGUGGGCGGGAUCAGCCCCAGUCACCAAUAAUGGCAGAUCUGGAGCGUUACCAAGGAAACGGCGUACAAGGCUAGAAGACAGUGCGAGGCAGCAGCAGCUAGUUAGCUGAUUGUUGCAUUACCAGCGAUCGUUUUUAAAUAUCUUCCACGUUCACAAUUCGAAGUCGAAGUCCGGCGUCUGAUUCGCCCCUCGCGGUCACCGCUUUAUUGACUGUCUGCGUGAGAUAGCUAGCAUUGCGGCUGCGGCUAACGAGGCUAGCCCUAGCUGUCGGUAGAUAGCUUAGCAUGCUAACCCGUUACCGAAACUGACGUGUUAAUCUAAAUAUUAUCCAGGUCAUACUUAGAAAGCUAGCCGAGUUUUACACGAAUCGUGUCUUCAGCCAUGUUUUUGGAAGUGAGGAACAAGAUCGAUGUGAGUUAACAGUUGGACUGGGGCGGUCUGACUGUCUGUGGUUCUGUGGACGGACUCUGCGUGCCGAGUCGAGCCGAGUGCGGCAGCCCUGUUCUCCCUGGCCUGGCGACGGCAGAACUGACGCCGCCGGUCAGGCACGGACUUGGAGAUGAGAUGAGACGCAGCGGAUCGAAAGGCCGACCCACAUCCCGAGUCCCGUUACCCCGUGCUAAACAGGAUGGAUGUGUGCAGCAGGAACCCAAACCGCACGGCGCCGGUCAGUGAGGACAGCCCACCUCGAGCUGACGUGCCGCUCUGCUCCCGGACCAACGGCUGGAGCUGGCCGCCACACCCCUUCCAGCUGCUGGCCUGGCUGCUCUACGUCUAUUUUGCUGUCACCGGCUUCGGCGUGUUCGUCCCUCUGCUGCCCGCUCACUGGAUCCCUGCAGGCUACAUCUGUACGGGUGUCAUGUUCAUCUGUCACCUGUGUGUCCACAUGAUGGCCGUGUCCAUCGACCCGGCCGACUACAACGUCAGGACUAAGAGCGACAAAGGUCCCGUUCCCGUGUUCGACCGCUCCAAACAUGCUCACGUCAUCGAGAACUGCCACUGCUACCUCUGCCAGGUCGAUGUGGGUCCGAAGUCAAAGCACUGCAGUGCCUGUAACAAGUGUGUCGCCAACUUUGACCAUCACUGUCGCUGGCUCAACAACUGUGUGGGCAGCAGAAAUUACAAAUUGUUCCUCCACAGUGUGGUCUCGGCUCUGCUGGGUGUCUGUAUGGUUCUGGUCUUCGCCUCCUACGUCUUCAUUGAGUUCUUUCUGGACCCGUCCAAACUCCGCACAGACAAACACUUCCUUUUGAGGAAUGAGACAGGCGUGUGGUUCGUCUUCCUGCCGGUGGCUCCUGUCAGGUCAGCGGCAGCAGUGAUUCCUGGUCUGGCUGCUGUCACCAUCGCUUUGGGUCUGCUGUCGUCAGUGCUGCUCUGUCACCUGCUUUGCUUCCACAUCUACCUGAUGUGGAACAGACUCAGUACAUAUGAGUACAUCGUGCGACAGCGGCACCGUCAGGACAGCAGAGACUCCAGAAAACCAGAAUCAGUGAAGGAGACGAUGGCUCCAACAGUCAACCUCAUCAAGGAUGUGGACUAUUCAGGGACUCAGGGUUACACCAACCCUCAGCUGGACAUGGAGGAACCUACCACUGUGGCUGUGCGGGGGGAGGCAGAGCCCCUGGCUAACGGCAGAGUGAGGCCUGCAUCCAGUCCUGUCAUGGAGGAAGAAACUCAGCCCACCAUGUCCACAGAGCUGAAAACGGCUGCACACACACACCGACGCACACAGAAGAAGAAGAGGAGGAUCCGUAAAGUUCCAGCAGAGGUGACCAGAGAGCAGCGCCCCCUGGGCAGCGCAAUCCCGCCUCCAGUUUGCUGUCUUCCAGCAGAGCCCAGCAGUGUGCCCACUGUGUCCCUGGGUCAGCGAAUUCCUUUCCCAGCAUUCCCCCUGAGGGCCUCCCUGCCCCCCCUGGCCCCUGCCUCUGGCCCCGUCCAGGCCGCUGCCCCUCCUGCUGAGUACCACUCCGACUCUGCAGAGUCUCUGGAGGAGAUCCCAGUGGUGUUGGCCAAACUGGGCUCUUCAUCUUCUGCUGGCGCUGCAGGAGUCAUCUCAGCAUUCCCCCUGCUGUCCCCCGAGCCCAGGACUAAGAGGAAGGCCCCCUCAAAGGCCUCCUCCAUUCGCACAAACAAGAACAAUGCAGAGCUGAGGUUUGAAAUGGCCUCCACCCACCCCCCGACGGUGUUUGUCAGCCGGGCCAGCGGAGAGGCCCCUAAUCCCUGGGAGGAAGACCUCAAUCUGGUUAGGAGGCAGUCUGGCUCCAGGUCCAGUUCCAGACCAGCGUCUCGGGCAUCCCUGGGCUCAGAUGUAGCCUCCUGGAUGGAGAUGUAAUCUGAGCAGACUCUGUUCUGGAACAAUGUCUUUGAUCUUUCUACAAUCAUCGGCACAACAGUUUUUAUUUUCUUUUAACAAAGGUUUGUAUGUGUGACAGUUUAUUUAAAAUGCCAAAGGUGAGAUUCUCGGCUGAGAUCCGGUGUGUGUGCAGGUCUUGCAGGACCUUUAAACAUUUACUCUGUUCUGUGGGUGUGGAUGCUUGUGUGUUCGCUGUGGACACAAACUCGUGGUAUUCUGUUACUCCCAGUUGGUUUUACUGUUUCUGCUUCAUCUUGCUGGUCACCCUGGUAACCAGGUAACCCAGGGUCUGACAUCACUUCCUGUCUCGCCUCUGUUGCACCACCACAUGUCUGUGCUGCUGCAGUUGUAACUAUGCAGCCAAAGUACAGUCAUGCUAACGCUAACGCCUGCAUGCCGACCCUGUUCUGUCACAAUGGUUGACAUCUGUGGAACUCCAAACAGAGCAACAGUAAAUAAAUAAACACACAAUCACAUGAGUAAUUAAAGCUUUAAUACAUAAUGAACCAAUAAGUUAAGAACUAAAAUUCACUGCACACAUUAAAACUCAUGACUCUAAAAUGGAAUUUCACUCAUGGAAACUCACUUCAUUAUUGUUUUAAAAAAAAUUUUAUUUUCAUUAAAAACUUCUUUUCAGAAAUCUUUUUCAUAGCAUUUUUAUCACAUUUUUACUCAUUUUCAGCCAAUCAGAUGCUUCCAGUAGCAUAAGUGUCCACCUGUUGUUUGUUCUGUCUGAGAGUCA